AUGGGUUUCUUUACAUGGCUCUACUCUCUCAUUCUCUUCUUCUUCUUCUUUGUUACUUCUCUUUCCAACUCCUUGUCUCCAUCUCCAUCGUGCCAUCCCUCUGAAAGAUCUGCUUUGCUCCGCUUCAGGGACUCUCUCACCAUCGACAAUGGUAGAAGUAGCAUUUACUAUGGUAUAAGUUCAUGGAACACGAGCACGGAUUGCUGCACAUGGAGUGGAGUUACAUGUGAUAUGGUCACAAGUCAUGUCAUCAAACUUGAAUUUGCAUCCUCUGGGCUACAAGGUAUUCUUCACUCCAACAACACUUUUUUCUCUCUUACUCAUCUACAACAACUAACCCAUUUAGAUCUUUCAGAUAAUAAUUUCAUCGGGCAAAUUCCAGAUAUUUGUAGUAACUCAACAGAAAAUUCAUUUUCGUGUAAUGUCUCUUCGAAACAACAAUUAGUGGGUUUUCCUCCAUUGCAUUUAACAUAUCUAGAUUUAUCUGAAAAUCAUCUUAAUGGGACAAUACCUUCUUGGGUAUAUUCUCUUCCAUCUUUAGAAAGUUUAGAUCUAACUUCCAACAAAUUCAGUGGUAGCAUUCAAGAAUUCCAACAUAAUUCUUUGGUAACUCUGCAUUUGGCUUUUAACAACUUACAAGGCUUUUUUCCAAGAUCAAUUUUUCAGCAAGUUAAUCUCUCUUUGUUGGAUCUUUCCUCAAAUAACUUAACUGGUGUCGUGCAAUUUGACCAGUUUUCAAAGUUGAAAAACCUUAAUGUUGUUGAUCUUUCUGAAAAUAGCUUAUCAUUGGUAUGUAACAAUAAAAAUAAUGAUACUUUGCCCAACACACUUACUGAGCUGUAUUUGUCCUCAUGUGGUAUGAUUGAGUUCCCAUAUUCCUUAAGAAGCUUAGAUAGUUUAAUAUACUUAGACCUCAAAAACAAUCAAAUUGAAGGCAUUGUUCCCGAAUGGCUAUGGAAUGUGGGAAACAAAUCAUUGACGGCCCUAGAUCUUUCUCACAACUAUUUGACGCAAUUAGAUCAAAUUCCAUGGUCGUCUCUAGAAUACAUUCAGCUCCGCUCCAACCGACUUCAAGGUCCUCUCCCAAUCCCAUCACCAUCUACGCUUUUUUUUUCAAUCUCAAACAAUGCAUUGGAUGGGGAAAUAUCACAUUUGAUUUGCAAUCUCAGUCAGCUUACAGUUCUUGAUUUGUCCCAUAACAAUUUGAGUGGGAACAUUCCUCUGUGCUUAGGAAAUUCAGGUGGUCUCACAGUGCUAGAUUUGCACAAGAAUAGGUUUCAUGGCAUCAUUCCUCCCGCUGUUGCAAAGGGAAGCAGCUUAAAAGUUUUCAAUCUUAACAAAAAUCAAUUGGAAGGGUCCUUACCAACAUCUUUGUAUAAUUGUAAAGAGUUGGAAUUUUUAGAUAUUGGUUACAACAAGAUAAAUGGAUCAUUUCCCUGGUGGUUGGAAUCUCUUCCACAACUACAAAUUCUUAUCUUGAGAAACAAUAGAUUUCAAGGUCCAAUAGGCAGUCCCAAGGUGAGCCAUCCCUUUAAAAAAUUGAGAAUUAUGGAUCUCAGUGGCAAUGAGUUCACUGGCCAUUUGCCACAAAAGUAUUUUAAAAAAUUUGUGGCAAUGAUGAAUGCUACUUCAAAUUCCUUGAGAUACAUGCAGUCAUAUCAAGGUCUGUUGAUUUAUAGUGACAUGUUUUAUACUGAGGUCAGUGACUUGACAGUAAAAGGAAAUUUUGCUGAGUUCGAGAAAAUUCAACUCAUGCUUAUGGUCAUUGACUUUUCAAGAAAUAACUUCACAGGAGAGAUUCCAAUGUUGAUUGGUAAGCUCAAAGCACUCAAAGGGCUUAAUUUUUCACAUAACAAGAUAUAUGGAAAUAUUCCACCAUCCUUGGGAAAUUUGACCAAUCUAGAAUGGUUAGAUCUCUCCUCGAACGAGCUUGUGGGGAAGAUUCCAUGGCAAUUGGCAGAAAAUUUAAAUCAACUCCAAUUUAUAAAUCUUUCAGUGAACAAAUUGGAAGGACUGAUACCUCGUAGCCGACAUUUUGAUACAUUCACAAAUGAUUCAUACAAAGAGAAUUUCGGUUUAUGUGGCUUUCCACUUUCAGAAUCAUGCAGCAAGGACCCCCCCACAGACCAUUUUCAGCCAAAAGAUAAUGAGAAGAAUGUGAAUGGAUUUGAUUGGAAAUUUGUGUUAAUGGGAAUUGGAAGUGGAAUGAUUAUUGGAAUUUCAGUGGGAUAUAUGGUCUUUACAGAUAGAAUCAUUGAUGAGCUUGUCAAAACUGUGAAGGGAGAACAAUGGCAUUUUUCGGCAAAAAGAUCAAAGCAUAGGUUUCGUCAAAAUGGAGAAAUUGAGAGAAGGCAUUAG